AGAUUCGGAGACAAAACGUCAGGUUGUAUGGAUACGUUAUGUCCAUAUUAUGUUAAUCCUGAGUGGUGUUGUGAAACAUGUCACAACCAUCUGUUUCCUACGACUGUUGCAACAACAAAUAUAGAUUGUUUAUAUGGCGACCUAUGGCAAGGAUGUAUGGAAAACCUUUGUCCAUAUUAUGUUAAUCCUCAAGGUUGUUGUCAUACAUGUAGACAAUAUAUUGCAAAUCGUAAUGUGACAACAACAACACCAAAAACAACAUCGACAAUUACAACUCCGACAACAACUUCUACAACUACAACUCAGAGGACUACAACACCCACAACUACAACUCCGACAAUAAUUUCUACAACACAGACAACUACAACUCCGACAACAACUUCUACAACUACAACCCAGAGGACUACAACACCCACUACUACAACUCCGACGACAACUUCUACAAAACCGACAACUACAACUCCGACAACAACUUCUACAACUACAACUCAGAGGACUACAACACACACAACUACAACUCCGACGACAACUUCUACAACACCGACAACUACAACUCCGACAACAACUUCUACAACUACAACUCAGAGGACUACAACACCGAAAACUACAACAGCUCCGACAACAACACUGGCGACUACAAUAACUCAAACAACAACUUCUACUACAACUUUGACUACAAAAAAAACAUCGACAACAAUACCGACAACUACAGCUCCGACAACAACAACACCGACUACAACAACUCAAAUAACAACAACUACUACGACAACAACACCAUCAACUACAACUCCGACGACAACAACACCGACAACUACGACUUCUACCUCAGAACCAACUAUCAAAAAUACAACUUUUUUAUCAUUUACUGAAGCCACAACGAAAUCUGCAACAACUCCAGAAAGUCUUUCGCCUGCUCCCCUAGGAUCCGAUACUAAAGACAAAUGGAUGAUACCGGUCAUUUCAGUUCUGGGCGGCAUUUGUCUUUUACUGUGCAUCAUUGUCCUGAUAUUAUUUCAAUAUAGACGCAGAAAUGGUAGACAAAAGAAGCAACCAGAAAGACAAGCUAUUCUUCGAGAGAGUCCCGUUUGGCAAACUGUUGAACCCGAUAAACAGAUAUUUGAUAACAAAGGGUUUCAACCAGAGGACAAUCACAAUGUUGUACAGAAAGGGACAUUUAUCUCAUACAAUGUGAGUCGACCUGGGUAUCCAGAUUACAAUCGACCAGUGUCUGCUGCUGAAGUGACCCUUACUGAAACCAAUAUAGACAAACAAGUCAAUCAGAUCGGUAAGACGUAUGGAUUGUCAACAGAAAAUGAAAAUAGGUUGAGUGGCAUUAUUGAGGACCGACAAAUGCAGAGGAAUGGUGCAUUGAUCAGCGAAACAAAAACAUCAGUACCAAGACGUUCGGAGUCGGAUAGGACCGUACGAAUUCAGACUUCGACACCUCGAUAUGAAAAGAAAGACAGUCCCCGAAAAAUUAUCGAAAAAGCUAGAGAGACUAGCUUGAGAAGGCAUGCAAGUGAUAGUAUUAUAGAAGGUUCGAUGCUCGAUCGGAGACUACAUUUAAGAGACAGAUGGUUACGAGAACAGCAAAUGAGGAACUUAAAACAGCAACAAUACAUCCGGGGCACUGACGUUUCUCCACGACAUAGGCAACAAAAUAUACAACCUUUAAGAGGUCAUGCAUUUCAAGCUGUGAACAAGAGUGAAAGUCCUCGUGCGUAUUAUACGACAGGGGAAGAAUAUUUACUUGUCACACCGAGACAGCAAGCACAUAGAUCUCCUCGGUUACAGAGUACUCCAAGGUCACCGCGUCAUAAUAAACCAAUGACGUCUGAUGCCCAUGGCACAGUUUCUGGGAAACCAGUUGUUGUUUACACUGAAGGUGGGGAACCAGUAAUGCUUUAUCCAAAUCAACACUCUAUCAAUAGAAAACGGAAGAAAGAUCGGGUUCGCAUCAACCGUGCUGGAUAUUUUACAGACUUGUGAUUCGUAUAUUAUAUAACCUAUUUAUCUACUAUAUAGUGUGGUAGUAUUAUGAACAACCACUUUUUAUAUAAACUUAUUGUGAUGUUCACCAAAAUACCAUAAGCUUUUCUUGAAUAAAUAUA